UUGUGUUGUGGUACUCGGAGAAGGUUGAAAUGCCGAUAAAACUUGAAAUUUCUUCUGCCGAAAAGCACGAAGGUGAUGCUGUAUGCAUUGCAUAUAACAAUAAUCACAUUUUUAGUGGUGGUGCCGAUGGAAAAAUAAAAGUAUGGGAUAAUAGUUUGAACUUGGUGAAAACUCUUGAUAUGCAUGAGUCAUAUAUAUAUUCCAUUGCCUUUAAUAAGAGUGGAAAACUGUACUCAAGCAGCUGUGAUGGAUGUGUAAAGUAUAUUAACGAUCCUGUCAAUAACGAACAAAUUGAGGAACUCGUUCGAUGUGAUGAUUCGAUUAAUUCGAUGUACUGUGAUGGUGAUCUUCUUUACACUGGCGAUGAAAAAGGUGUCGUAACCAAAUGGGAAAACGAUAAAAUGCUCUUCAAAUACAAUAUUGUAGAAGAGGUCAAAUCUCUAGCGGUAGAGGGUACCUUAAUUUAUACGGCUAGAGAUCUUGAUGUUGUUGUUUCGGAUGCCAUGCCUGGAAAAUCUGGAAAGUAUUCUACAAAAGCUGUAUUUCCCGGUCGAGCACCGUUAACUUUGUUGGGAGAGAUGGUUGAAAAUAAGAGGUCCUAUAUAGCUUUUACCGAUCGAACGGGAAGAGGAUUGGUUUUAGCUAAGAAUUUGACAGGAGAAAAGUUUGCAACUAUUUGGGAAUUAAUUGAUUGCCAUGAAAUGAUUAUAAAUUCUAUCCGUGGAAAUGAGAAAUUCCUAUUUUCAGCGGGGUAUGAUGGAAAGAUAAAGUGCUGGAGUGACAUCGACAAAGCAAAACCAACACUAGUUGGAGAAUCCGAUGCUAAGAAUUGUAUUAAUUCAAUAUGUCUCGGAACUGAUGGUGCUGUUUACGCUGCCUGUUCUAAUGGUGUUAUUCAUAAAGCAGUGUUUUCAUAAUGUUUUCAAAUUAAAAAAGUUCUGUUUCAGAUAUGAACAUAUCUAUUUUAGAUGGCUAUUUGAACUUUGCAACUAUUAUUAAACUAAAACUGUAAUACGAUGAUUGUAAUAUUUAGAUAUUAAAGAGAAAAAGUGGUUGGCAUGUCUGAUAA